GAGACGCGAAUACCGGAAAUGCGGAACUCGGGGAGGGCGCACGCAAGGGCUGUGGGCCAGCAGCCGGGCGUCACAGGUCCUGACAGGGAAGAAGUUGGCAGGUCCUGACUGGGGAGAGCCGUGGCGGAGGCACCUCCGCGUCCAGGUAGCUCUGGUGAUGGAGUCUCGGGUCGCGGCCGCUGAGGCUGCGGGGACUGAAGCAGACGCGGGCGAGGGUCCCGCGAUUGGAGGUGCCAGGCAGGGGUCGGUGGUCUCGGUGCCCAAGGGGGCCGCCCGGUGGAAGCUCCUGCGCCAGGUUCUGAAGCAGAAACAGCUGGAUGACUGUCUGAAACAUAUAUCUGUGAGAAGAUUUGAAUCGUUUAAUCUAUUCUCAGUCACAGAAGCCCAAAAAAGGGAAACUGAGGAAGAGGCUGGUGUGUGGAUCCAGUACACAAGCAUCCUUUAUCCUGAAUACAGUAUCUCCUUAAGAUAUAAUAGUGGAUCCUUGAAUGUAGAAGACGUUCUUACCAGCUUUGACAAUACAGGAAAUGUUUGCAUCUGGCCAUCUGAGGAGGUUUUAGCUUACUACUGCCUCAAGCACAGUAAUAUAUUCAGGGACCUUGCUGUGUGUGAGCUCGGGGGUGGCAUGACAUGCUUGGCUGGGCUCAUGGUUGCUAUUUCUGCAGAUGUCAAAGAAGUUCUGUUAACUGAUGGGAAUGAAAAGGCCAUCAGAAAUGUGGACAGCAUCAUCGCAAGCAAUCAGAAGACGGGCGUGUUUAAGGCUCAGAAAAUAUCAAGCUGCGUUUUGCGAUGGGAUAAUGAGACAGAUGUCUCUCAACUGGAAGGACAUUUUGACAUUGUUAUGUGCGCUGACUGCCUGUUUCUGGACCAGUACAGAGUCAGCCUUGUUGAUGCAAUAAAGAGAUUACUCCAGCCCACAGGGAAAGCAAUGGUAUUUGCCCCACGCCGAGGGAAUACAUUCAACCAGUUUUGCAAUCUAGCUGAAAAAGCCGGUUUCUCUCUCCAAAGACAUGAAAAUUAUGAUGAACACAUUUCAAACUUCCACUCCAAGGAGGCUGAGGACCUGGGCCAAGCUGGGAAAUUAAAGAUUAAGUUCAUUAAGUCAACAGACCCCCAAAGGAGUGCCAGGACUUCCUGCGGGGAACCAGGUGGAAAAGAGCGCAAAGCCGGCCCCAGAAAGCAAAGAGCCAGUCCUGGGGGCCGGGCGCAGACCCGUCUUCCCUUACAAGAGCCUUGUCCCUACACCUGAGUUCCUUUUCACGCUCAUCUUAGAGGACCAGCCCAGUUCCGGCCAGGUAGAAGGGACGAUGUUCUCCCACCCGAGGUGCCUCUAGAUCUUUCUGGACGCUGAUAGGAAACAUUUCUGCAGAAACCCUGGGGCUACCCUUUAGAAGACGGCGGAGCUGGCUUCUCAGUCGACCCUGUGUCUGAAUCUCCAAUCAAGGAGCUGCUCAAAUGCAUUUCCCCCAAGGACACUGCCCUCCCCAGAAAUUGCCCUUCUAGAAGACCUAGGCUGCUUAUCUUUCAGUGUUUUUUUUUUUUUUUCCUGAGAAAAACAAACUAAAUGUACACCCCCAUCCGACAUACAGAUCUCCCCGCUGUGGGUCCUUAUUGUAAACUGUAAUUGUCUUUGUUGCGAAAAGAGCUCCUCCUGUGUCCUCCCUAGCUUGGAGAUCUAUCUCUAAGUCCUGAAAACUUGAAGAAGGAGAAGAAGAAAAGACAGUAUGGUGGAAUUCUGGGGUGCAUGGGAGAAUUCUAGGGUGCGUGGGGGGAAUUCUGGGGCACAUGAGGGUCACCUUUACAAUCUCUCUGAAGGCAGGAGGUGAAUUGUAAUGCCCAAAUUGUGACCCAAUGGCUAAGAAUGUAUCUAGGCGGUGUUCAAGAACAUGACUUCAGUGUCAGCAGCCCCCACAUGUCCUAUGACCCAGGCAAAAGCAUUCCCUUUGGUUGAAUUUGUAGUUAUUUCUGAUGUAUCCAUUUUAUGGGAGAAUUUUUUUCUCCCCCUCCCCCCCCAUUUCUACCGAGGAAGUGAGAAACUCAGCUAAGCCUUGGAGAUGCCUUAUUUAAUAGCAGAUGUCCUGAGGGUGGGGAAGCUUUUUUUAUUUAUAGGCUAGUGUCGUGUAUUACACAAAAACUCACCUACCUUUCUGUCCCCUCCUGCCCUCCCUCUAGCUCUGUUGAGAAAAAAAAAAUAAACAUGAUAUAAUGACUUGGAG